AACAUAUUUAAAAGGUGACUUUAAUAUGAAAAGUGUAAACAUGUCCAUAUUUUGAAAAUGGGAUUUUUAUUUUUUUAAUGCUUGCAAGUGUUUGGUUUUAUUUUUUUCCUUUACAUUUUUGUUGUAAUAUGUCAGUGAGGAUGUCACUGACAAAUGCUUAAUCCUUGGCAGACGUCUGUGAGCUUGAAGCUUCUGUAAUUGCUUCAUUUCAACGUUUUGACGUGCGUCUUUUAAUCACUGCUGUUGACGCAUAUGUGCGCACACCCAUUGCAACAAAUUGCUGAGUGCAUGAGGCUAAUCAUCUAAUGCGCUUUUACGCUUUUGCUGACAGGACAUUUUAUCAGAAAAUACCACCUCCGAAAACACUUUCAACCACAGAAACCUUUGCCCUUUCAACAUCACACAACUAACUUGUGCUGUGAGUCCACUUGGCUCCUAGAAGUAGCUCAGAAAAAACAUGCUGGUGAUUUACAGCUUGUUUAUACAGCUAGCCCUCCGAGCCACGGAGGCUAAUGGAAUGGCUGCUGAUAUCCUGCGUUAAAAGUCUCACAAUAACUUUUAAAAAUUAUCCUUUGGUGUAUCUUUACGUCACGUGGCUUUGUUAACCACACCCGUGAUAUAAAUAAACCUUGGAAGAGGUCACGUGGCUCUGAUUCAUAGCCAGUAAACUGUCAACGAACUGACUUGAACUGACUUAUCUGACGUAAAUGUGUGUUAUAACCUACGUAGACUUGGCGUAGGUGUGGAAUCAAAACUUUAGUGAUGAUGGGGGAUAGCAAUCAUUCGCUUCAAUUGACUGAACACACAAUUUGUUAUCACACAAAAUCAGGUUCCUCAACCUUCUGUCACUAAAGUGUCAUUGUUGCUUUCUUUUGCUAGCUGAUCUGAUCUCAGCCUAGAGCUUAGUCUAUAUUUAGUCGAGAAUAAUGCCCAGUUGGGAAGGUGCCCUACAUGAAGCUGGGCCGCCACGUGUGGGUACCUGUUGGGACUCAGUCACUGAACUCUGUUCCCUGUCUCCAAGUGACAUCCGUUGUGUGUAUAUAUAGCACACCAGGAGAAUCGCUACAACAACAUCACAACAGAUAUAUGAUAGCGGAACCUCUAAAGCUGCAUUAGCAUAUUAAGGGUGAAUGCCACAGGUGCUCUGUGCUUUUUCUUUGGCUUUUAGUUUUCAUGUGAAGACUAAAGCACAAGCAGUGACCUUUCCCCUCUGUACAGCUGCCGCCAUUGUCCGAGUUGUGGGUUCAUUCUCGUGCUGAUCGGGCCAGUGAGGAACAGAAAGAGUUCAGACUGAAAGCCACCCAGUUUCUCAAGGAAGCCCAAAGCACCAGGAGGCUGGUUGACAGGUUGGAAAAAGACGGGUCGUUGAGUGUCGAGUGUAAGAGAAAUGGAUGGUCUGACAUGGCAACAGAGCUGGACGAGUAUGAGAAAACACUGGUUGAACAGAGAAGUGCACAUAAGACGCAACUGCGAAAGCAGCUGGCUAAGAUUAAAGAUGGCGUCAAAGAAUUCCAGCAACAAUUAAUAGACAUGACACCAAGUACAGAGUUGAUUGAGAAGCUGAAGGAGAGCAUGUCUGAGGUGGAAUUUUCAAUCAACAAUUUGAAAGAGGAGCAGAGCAUACGCUUCGGAGAAUUGUUAAAAGAGGAGAGGACGUGCUCGCUGGAGAUGGAAGCCUAUGAGAGGAAGGUUGAAAAUUGGAGUCAGCCCAGAAAGUCAAACUCUAAAGUCUCUGCUGCUUCAGCUGUUAAGCAGAGCAAAGCCUUGAACCAAGAAAUCCCUUCCGAGGUCCGAGCUCUGGAAGCUUUCCUUCAAAAGACGGGAGGCGUCUGCGGCGGUUGGGAGGAGUUUGAUCACCAGGCCUUCCUCAAGGCAUGGACGAAGCACGGCGGGCGGGCAGGCUUCAGGAAAGAAGCCAAACUGUAUCUACCCGGUAAAAGUCAGGAGGAGAUUGAGGAACAUGAGCGCUGGUACCAAGAGCUGAUCUACCUGCAAGAAAAGAGGAGAGAGGCCAUCCAAAGGUGGAGGAACAAGAAGCAAUUGGCACGCCAAACGCAUUUGCAGAAAGAGGUGGAAGUGGAAGAAGUUGAGAGGAGGAAGAAAGACGCACGGUGCCAGAAGAACGUGCAAGAGAGUAAAAGUACAAACAGAAAAGCAAAAUGUUCAUUUGAGAUUGUUAUGUUACUUUUUAGAAGUGAGGAGAAGAAGUCUGCUUGGCGACUGGAGGUGAGGAAGGAGGUCAAGAGAAGCAAAGAGGUGCAGGCAGAGGAGCAGAAACGACCAGAGGAGGGCCACAAAAAUGGAAUGGCCAAGCAGGUGCAUUGUCGUCAGCAGGAGGCCAAGCCGAGGCCCCGCGAGCAACUGCAAGGAGAGAGAGGAGAAGAGGGCAACCACAGGCAGACGAGGAGAAAGCAGACAACAAAAGCCAUCCAGUCCUUGAUUAAAAGGGAUCUCGAGCGAGUGCAGACCAAGCGUCAGGAAAAGCUGCUGAGGCAAAAGGAGGACGGAGAGCGUCUGGAGAGGAUCAUGGCGAAGCUGAAGGACAAAGUGGACGGUCACAUAGUCAGAGACCCAUCUAGGCUGACACGACUCACCAAGGGAUGGGAGGAGCGCAUGAAGAGCAUGAGAACUUCGGGAGGAGGAACUCCACUUCGCAUGUCUCACAGAACUAUUCCCACGUGGAGACUGGGGCUGUGAAGACUUAAAGCAAUCACACAGCUUUUACAGUGUAAUUGUAUUUAGUCAUUUUUCCAAAUGUUGGUUUGGUAUUAAUUGAUCUGAUUAGGGUGAAAUGUUUUUUUUUGUACCAAAUUACCCAUUGUCACUUUCAUUAAAUAAUUCAAAAUAG